AAAUGAGUUCGGCGUAUGUUCAGCAGCAGUACCACCAUACCGCAAUGUACGGUGGCGGAGGGAUGAUGGGAUCUGGUGCAGGUGGACUGAUGGAUACUUCGUCCUACGCGCAUUACAACGCCAGUAUGUCCACUAUGGGCAUGGGCGGAACCGGACUUUGCUAUGGCUAUGGAACUGAUAGUGGAUCGUCAGAAGGUUAUCACAGCCCGGGGCCGGUUUCGAGUCCCGAAUCGUACUACAACAAUACCAGUCCGGCUGAGUACAGUCCAUCCAGCCCGUACACCAAUUACGGGUAUUGCAGUGGAACAGGAUCUGGAUCGGGAGUACAAAACACCCAUAGUAACAAUACUCCCACCAGCAGUACCACUAAUCAACACAUAUCCUGCGAGUCGUACUACAACUACACCAGCAAUAACUUCAAAACCGCCUGUCCAACAGUUCCUCGCUAUAGUACGAUCGAAUCGAAUCCUUCCUCCGAUCGAUCUGCAUUACUGAAUGGGUACCAGAAGCGAGAGGAAGGCACACAGUCGCUCGAAACGCAAGUUGUACUGAGGCCUGUAGCCGCAACAAUUGCUGCCAAACGACCUGCUGCUGCUGUCACUCAACAACUUCCGCUCGCUGGUAGUUACUACAAUCCCUACGCGGUACCGAUGGCCAGAAAUCGAUCCAGCCCAGCACACAGUUCCAGCAGCUCCGUAUCUCCUACUCCAUCCCAGUCGAGCGGGCAUUCGGUCGUGGUAGUGCAACCGGAAAUUGUCAAAAAACGCCGCCUAGCCGCAAAUGCACGGGAGCGACGAAGAAUGAACAGUUUAAAUGAUGCGUUCGAUCGGCUGAGGGAUGUGGUGCCUUCGCUGGGGAACGAUCGAAAGCUGUCGAAGUUCGAGACGCUCCAGAUGGCACAGACGUACAUUGCGGCAUUGAAUGAGCUGCUUUCACGAGACUGA